AUGAUACCCUCAUACGCCCUCUUCGCUCUGACAGCAUGCGGUCUUGUGACGGCCGCUGCUCAACAACCAACCGUACAAAUUACAGAUGGAACUGUGGUUGGAUUCACAAACAAUUCGAUUGACAACUUUCUCGGCAUCCCCUACGCGGACACUCCAGAACGCCUCCGCCCCCCGCAGCGUCUUUCAUCGCCCUUCGGAACCCUGAACGGUACAGCAAUACCCGCCAGCUGUCCCCAGCACCCUCUCAUAGUCGACCCAGAGGUUUUCACCCAGCUCCCUCCAGAAGUUUCCGGUCCUCUUUUGUCAUCUGCCAUACCUCCAUCUGUUGUCAGUGAGGAUUGCCUCAACUUGAUUAUUCAGCGACCUUCCUCAACAACGCCCGACUCCAAGCUUCCCGUGCUGUUUUGGAUCUACGGUGGCGGGUUCGCAACCGGAUCCUCGGUUCCAUACGACUACUCCACUCUGAUUCAAGAGUCAGUAGCCCUAGGACAGCCUAUGCUCGUGGUCAGGGUCAACUACCGUGUUGGAGCGUUUGGCUUCCUACCCGGAAAGGAGCUCCAGAACGAUGGAAGCACCAAUCUCGGCCUUCGAGACCAGAGACUGGCCCUCGAGUGGGUAUCAGAGAACAUUGCCGCCUUUGGAGGUGAUCCAGACAAGGUCACUAUUUGGGGAGAAUCCGCCGGCAGCCUAUCGGUCAUGUAUCACGCCUUGAUCAACAACGGGAACAGCACUUACCGUGGCAAGCCGCUCUUCCGUGGCGGAAUCAUGGACUCGGGAGCCGUGUUCCCCGCUGAAGCCGUCGACAGCCCUACAGCUCAGGGCUUCUUUGACAAUUUCUCUGCAGCCGCAGGCUGUGGAUCAGAGGAUGCGCUGACCUGCCUCCGCGAGCUGCCCUACGAGGAAUUCCUCAACGCAACGGCGGUCAUCCCGGGGCUCUUUGGUCCCGAGGCUUUCCGAAUCAGCUUCACUCCUCGCCCAGAUCCCACAGAUGACUUCUUCCCACUCUCGCCGGAGAAGGCAGUCCAGCAACGUAAAAUUGCACCCAUCCCGUUCCUCUCGGGCAAUCAAGAAGAUGAGGGUACCAUGUUCGCUCUGCCUCUACUGAACGACACAACCUCCCCUCUUCUGGUAAAACAGCUCAAGGGUCUCUUCCACACAGCCGCAGACGACAUCCUGGAGCGGAUGAUCAGCUUCUAUCCUACCGACCCUGCAGCCGGCUCCCCGUUCGACACCGGUUCCGCGAACGAGCUCUACCCCGGCUUCAAGCGCAACUCGGCGGUCCUGGGAGAUCUCGUCUUCCAGUUCCAGAAGAGAGCGUCCUACAUUGCGUUGGACGGGCUGGUACCCAUUUGGGACUACUUGAGCAAAUACAACAAAGUUGAUUUCCUGGGCACCAUGCAUGGCUCGGACUUGACGCUCCUGCAGACACAGCAACCUGCUCUGCCAUACAAGGCAGUCGUGCAGUACUAUGUCAACUUCAUCAAUUCGCUGGAUCCCAAUGUUGACAUCCACGGUAAAUAUGGGAAGAAGCUGCCGCACUGGCCAAAGUGGGAUAAAGAUGAGCGGUUGUCAAUUUACUUCUUGGAUAACGCGACCGUAGUAGCGCCAGACGAUGAUCGAAAGGAUGCAUUCGAGUACUUCUUCGGAGUUCAGUCGGAGUUGCUCUUCUAG